CUCCGAUAACAGAACAGGAAGGCUAGCGAAAAUCUGCAGAUGUCCGCAGAUUUUCAGUCUGAAUAACCGCAGGAAAUGUGAAAAAAUCUGUGUAUUACGUUUGGGCCUGCUGAUCACUAGAGAAUGUCCAUCCAUGAACAGAUGUUGUAUUAUACAUUGAUCAAUACAAUAAACUAGCAUAGAAUAUAAAAAGCAGCAGACAUAGGAAGUAAAGAAGUACAAACACUUCAUUACUGUACUAAAGUAGAUUUUUCUGGUAUCAGUACUUAACUUCCCUAUUUAUUUUUUGACAUCUUUUUCUUAUAGAAAGAAAUAUUUUUGAUAAAAAGUUUCUGGAAAAAAAAGAAAGAUGGAAAAAAAAAAAGUACAAGCUAAUUUUUCUAAACGAACGUUUGCAUCAUUGAUGAGUGCUUCAUGAUGACUACAAUACCCUACUGUACUCAGUUGUACUAUUGUGUUCUGCUUUCAUCUACUCUGUUUGAUGCUUCUCGGUUCUCCUCUCUUCUUUCACUGUCUGAACAAAAAAGUUUAGAAAGGUAGAAAAAAUAUAUAUUUUUUAAGAAAUUGCAAGAACAUUCCCCCCCCGAAAUGUUUUCGAAAGGUUGAAUAAAAAUAUUUUUGACAAUGUUUCAACACAUUUGCUAUAAAGAUUUAGAAAAAAAGUACGUUAUGGAUGAGUCAGAGGGAGUUAGCGAUGUCUACAUGGUUGUGAAUAGAGACAAUUCCCGAUCGCCCAUGGCCAUAUAUGAGAUGAUAUAAGAUGUUCUAAAUAGUCCACUUUAGACACGAAAUAGUGUCUUUAUGUAUAAAUGUAUUAAUAUGAUGUGAGGUCCAGUUACCAGCUAAAACAGGUAGUAAUGUCUGCUUUUUACUUCAGAGCCCACACUUCUUUAACUUUAGUGAAAAAGUGAAGUCAGUCAGACUAUGGUAAACAUAGUCGAGGAUGGAAGUACACAUCGUAACAAGUGACGUAGGAGCUCACCGGAAGUAGAGGAAUAAAGCGGAACAACAACAGACAGAACGGGAGUGAGUUUUCACAAUACAAAUUUCACUGGUUUAUAUAGAACUGCUACAUUACAUGGAUAUGUAUACGGCAAGGCAUUCUGCGACUGAGCACGUGACGGUUUGUGUCCGCUCGACAGCAGGGUUAGAUACCAGCUCGUGGCGUGCUGACUGAUCACCCGCGAGACAGCGCGCAGACAUGGGGACUCGCAUGUCCCGUAGCGGCAGCGCCCUUCUGUUGCUACCAGAGAACGGGGUCACGGGCCGGGAGAGCGGGGACAAGGAAGAUGACGACGACUCUCUAGACGGGCUGGACCGACAAGAGGACAUCGCACAGUUCCCGUAUGUGGAAUUUACCGGCAGAGACAGCAUCACCUGCCCGACGUGCCAGGGCACCGGGCGCAUCCCGUCAGAGCAGGUAAACGAGCUGGUGGCGCUGAUCCCGUACAGCGACCAAAGACUGCAGCCCCAGAGAACGAAGUUGUACGUAGUGCUAUCAGCGGUGCUGUGCCUGCUAGCCUCCUUCCUGGUGGCAUUCUUCCUCUUCCCUCGCUUUGUGCUGGUGGAGGAUGAUGGGAUACGAUCCGUGAUCGUCAGGUUUGACCCUCCUAACAUGAAGGUCAUGAUGAACAUGACGAGCUCACUGAACUUCAGUAACCCCAACUUCUUCACCGUGCUGGUGGACAGUGUGAGCUGCCAGGUGCUCUACAUGAAGACUGUCAUCGGAACUCAGCAGACAGACAACAUCCUGAGCAUCCAGCCACUCAGCCAGAGACAGGUGAACUUCACUGUCAGUGUGGAGAUCAGUGGAAGUGCCUCGUACGUCUAUGCGUUUUGUACCAUGGCCAGCAUCAAGGUUCACAACAUAGUGGUGUUCAUGCAGACCACUGUGAAGACCUCUUACAUGGUGAGGACAUCCCAGAACACUCUGGAAGCGUACCGCUACAUAGACUGUGGCUCCAACACAACCAUACACCAGCUUUGACACACACCACCACACACCAGCCUGCCUGGGCUGGCUCGGACACAGACACACCAAAGACUACACACACUCCUCAUCCCUCCUCAGAUGAGAAGUGUAAGACUGCUCCAUUAGCCCCUUCUCAAGUAGCUUUGCAUCUGACUGUAACCGAGGGCAACCCAUUGCUUGACCAAUCAGUAGACAGGAACAGUGUUCUGCUGUUGAUCCUGCUGCCCACGAGGCUAACUGACGUACAGAUGGGCUGUUGCUGCUUGAUCUGCACCUUAAUACUUACAGUUGAAACAUUAAUGUGUUAUUUAUACAGCGUGAGGGGGGCUGUGGGGCCUCUUGACUCUCCUCAGGAGCACCUAGUAUUGAAGCUGUCAGAUGGAAUACACACGACUACUGGUGGGGUGAUGGAGCUAGGGGUUGAGAGAGGCAGGGGUUGAUGGAGCUAAGUGGUAAGGGAGCUAGGGGACGAGGGAGGCAGGGGGUUAGAGAGGCAGGGGGUUAGAGAGGCAGAGGGUGAGGGA